AUACAAUUAAAUUUUACUGCCAAAACUUAACUGAAUAGCAUGUAAGUAAAAGCGUUAAAAGAAAAUGCGUGUAAUGAAAAGCAAAGGCUAAAAUAAUAGCGGAAGCAAUUAAGAAAACAAAAAACAACAAGAAAUCAUAAAAAAUAAACAGAAACAGAGAGCAACAACAAAUAAUGAAAAUGUCAGCAAAGGACUCAGUGCCAAAGACUGCAUCGCCCACAACAACAGCAGUUGCCACAGUUGCAACCACAACAACAACAACAACUGCAGCAUCCGCCUCGUCCUCCUCCUCGACAGCCGCUAAGAAAACUGUAACUUCCAGCGCAGCUUUGUCAUUGUUUGAUCAGCUGAAAAGCGGCAUAAAUUUGGAAAGUUUAUCAACAACAACAACAGCAGCAGCAGCAGCAGCAACUAAGCGUGCACCGCUUGCACCACCUGCCGCACCUAUCAAGGCGGCAACCACAACAAUUGAAUCGCAUGCCUUCAGCUCACCCAGCCUUGCACAGUGUGGCAAACGCCCAAGGGGCACACUCGCUGCCGCAGCUGCCACAUCGAGCACAACAACAACAACAACAACAACAACAACCGCCACUCGAUCAACUGCCAAAUUGGAUAUCAAAGCUUUGCAUACGCAAAUCUAUCAAGGAGCCAAGCGUGCCACACGAACUGGAGCAUCCAGACUGCCACUCAACGCAAAUGCAAAUCCAAAUGCAAAUGCAACAAAGAAACGUUGCCUAGAUCGCUACGAUUCAUCAGAAUCAUCCGACAGUGGUGUUGCCACCUCGAUCUCGUUAAGCUGCACCGACUCCAGCACAGGCUCCAGUGAGGAUGCAUCUGAGCCAGGCUCGCCAUACAGUGCGCACUCGCUAUUGAGCGACGAGCAGCAGCAGCAACAACAACAUCUAAACAAGAUGCCGCCACAAAUACUCAGCCUUAAUGCCAGCAGCAGCAGCAGCAGUAGCGGAAAUAGCAACAAUGCAACGACAACUGCAACGGGCAAUGUAAACAACAAUAAUAACAACAAUAACAGCAUCAGCAACACAGCCAAGUCCACAACAACAACAACAGCUACAGCUGCAACGACAAGCAUACAACGCGUCAGCUCAGCGCUGCCCACGUUGCAAUGGCCUUGGAACACCAGCCUGGGGCUGGGCAGCACCUCAACUGCCGUGCCCGCCAAUGCGGCCUCCCCCACUCCGCUCCCAACAACCAAGAAACGCAGCGCAGUAGGCAGCAGCAACAGCAACGACCUCAGUCUGUCUGCAGGCACCAACGUAGCAGUAGCACCCAAGAAGUCCCGAGCUGACACGCUGAGCAGCGAAAAAAGACUGAAAGCGGCCGCCUUGGAGGAGUCCCAAACAAAAAUCACAGGCUUCUUUAAAUCCCAAAUGAAGGCGACGUCAGGCAAACAGACGCCGCCACCCACAGUCGCAGCCACAACGACAGCGACAGCUGCUGUUGCAUCUCCCAAUACGCUGACAAUGAGCACGCCAGCCACAACCGCUUCGCUCAACAAAUACUUUAAUAUAUUAUCGCAGCUUAAUGAUCAAAAGCACCAGCAGCAGCAACAACAACAGCAGCAGCAGCAGUCCCAACAAAAGUUAACAACAACAACAACAGCAGCAGCAGCUGCAACAACAAAUACUUCGACUGUUGUAACAACGCCGCCGACAUUGCCGGUGCCAGCGUUGAAGAAAAUCGAACGCAGCAGCAAGCAACCCGCCAAAAUAGCGCAAGUGGCUCCCAAUUUGAGAAAGACACCCAGCAGCAAUAGUCAAGCAGGCGCCCACGCCAACACUGGCAAAUCUCCCGCCAAAAAGCAUGUGGCGAUUGCGCCGCGAACGCCCGAAAUGAAGCAGCAGCAACAGUUGCAGCUGCAGGCGAACAAAGCGCUGCUGCCAUCAGCUGCCUAUCGCAGCAACAACAACAGCACGCCAACAACAGUUGCUACCAAGCCUAGCCAAAAGCUACAGCUGCCUGUAGCAGCAGCGCCAACGCCAACUGCUGCGUCUGCUGUUCCGGCCACGCCCAAUCCUACGAUUUAUCAGCUGCCCGUGCAACUCAACAACUUGGUGCAGUUGCCGCCUCAACUGGCUGCCGCCGCCAACAUUAUGCAACUCAACAAUGUGGCUAAGGCAGCAGUUGCUGCUGCCGCCAGCAACAACGCAGCAGCAGCAGCGGCCUCUGCGCAAGCCGCACAAGCUGCUGCGGCUCAAUACUUUCUCAAUGGCACAGUGUUCAAGCUGCAACAAGUUACCACUGCCACAACAACAACAGCCACAACGGCAACAGCAGCAGCUUCCACUGCAGGCUGGCCCACUGGUGCUCCCAAUCUACAGGAGCUAUUCCAGCAGCAGAUUGCUGCUGCCAUUGCCGCACAGCAACAGCAGCAGCACCAACAACAUCAGCAACAACAGCAGCAGCAGCAACAACAACAACAACAACAACAACAACAGCAGCAACAACUGCAACGCCUGGGAGCCGCCGCUGCUGCCGCUCAACCAGUUUUUAUGGCCACGCCUGCGGGUCUGCUUCUAAAUGCAGCCACGUUGCCUGCCAUGUUGGCCCAGGCUGCAGCCGCUAUUGCUGCCAACAGUCAGCAGCAGCAGCAGAAAGUUGCUGCGGCUGUAGCACUGCAGCAGCAGCAACAUCAACAGCAGCAGCAACAACAUCAACAGCACCAAGCUUUGCCUGCCUUGCAGCCCAUACCCGCCUUGAGUUCUAUAUUUGAGCCAGCAACCAGCGAACAGCAGCAGCAACAAUUGCAGCUGCAGCAGCAACAGCUGACUCAGCUGUUGCUCUCACAUCAGCAACAUGCACAACAGCAGCAGCAACUUAUCACAGCCACACAGCCGCCGCCGCUUACUGCCGCCAACAGCAACACAGCCCACAACAACAGCAUCUCGAAUAGUUUAAGCAACAGCAACACAUUACUGCCGCAACAACAGCAACAAUCACUGCCACAGCACCAACAACAACAACGUGCCAUUAUUAAGGGACCACCGCCACUGGUAACCAUUUCAUCUGCCGCCACCAAGACGCGAUCACUGCCCGCUGCAUUGGCCAAACCGUAUCAAAAGCGUGCACACCAUCAGCCGCAGCAGCAGCAACAGUCACUUAACAAAACCAAAUACACCAGCAUAGCCACGCCCACGACGCCGCCACCGCUGGUGCCCACAUCGCCAGUGGCAGGCAGCGCUGCCAAGGAACUGCAGCAGCUGCGCAAGAGUGCCACGCCCACAAUCACACCAACGCCGCCUCUGGUGAGCAUAGCGCCUGCCAAGCUCACGCCCACACUCAGCAUGGCCAAGCAACAGCAGCAGCAGCUGCCGACAACAGCCGCACCCACAGUUGCCAAGAUCUCAAGCUCCGCUGAUCUCUUCGAUCUGGUCAAGAACUCGAAUGGCGCGAUUAGUAUUGUGGGCAAAUCCCACGCCACACUCCACACGACUCCAUUGCCUUUCAGCUCGCCCAGCAGCAACAGCAAUUGUUCAAUAUCUACGCAGUCCUGUUCCACGCUCUCGGGCUUCGGCAAGUCGCUGAUGCCCAUCAAGCUGGAGCCGCAGGAGGAGACACUCUCGGCUGCCAGCACGCCGCCACCGCUUUCAAGCACGCCCAUCAUGUCACAGAAGCCGCAAAGCUUUGCCGGCCAAUUGCCCAUUGCGCUGCGCCAGCAGCAGGUGAAGCACGAGCUGCUGGCCGAAUGCACCGGCGGCAACUCCAACUGCAGCAGCAGCUACAACAGCAGCAACUCGGUUAGCUCUGCAGCGGAUCUCUCUCUGGAGCCCUCUACACCCGCCUCGCUCAGCUCUGUGCCAUCGCCCGCCAGCAAUCCAAUCUCGUCGCCUGAGUGUCAUGUUAGCCAGCAGGACAUGCUCAGUGAGCUGGUCACUUCCUCUUGCAACUCGAGCGGCACCGAUGAUUGCUCCCAGCCAGAACCAGAACCAGAGCCAACUCCACCACCAACACCAGCACCAGCAACAGUUGCCGACAUGACAACAACAAUCACAACUGUUGCAGCGACAGCAACUGUUGCUUCUGCUAUUUCUAGCAGCAGCAGCAGCAGCAACUACGAUGAGGAGGACGACAAGUCGGUGGCCUCCUCCGAGACGGCCACCCACAAGCGACUGACGCCCGAGUCCGGCAUUGGCGGCAGCCUCAGCAACAGCGAGAGCAGCAGCAGCAUAGCCGAUGCCAUUUGUAUAAAGCGAGUUAGAGCGCCUGUAAGCAGCAGCAGCAGCAUGAGCAGCAGCGGCAACAGCAACAGUUGCAAUGCCUCUGACUGCAAUGCACCCUCCCCCGCCUCGCUUAGCAACAUUGACGACAACUCUGUCUCUGCCUCUGGCUCCGCCUCCGGCUCAGGCUCAGUGUGCUCGGCGCCGCCCACGCCACUUACGCCCCGCUGUCUAGUAGACACCGCGCUGGCGGAGACGGCAAGCAAAGCGCUGCCGAAAUGCGCCAUCUCUCCGAUACUAUCCCAACCGAAGACAAUACGCUUUCCUGCGGGAGCCAGUGCCAAGGGCGCCAAGCGUCAUGACGGCGUCUGCUAUUGGACCAAGUGCAACAAGAAGCACGAGAGCAACUCCAAGCUGCUGGACCAUAUGCAGACGCAUCAUGUGAACACGCAGACUGGUCCCUUUGCCUGCCUCUGGGCUGGCUGCAAGGUCUACAACAAGGAGUCCUGCUCGCGGCGCUGGCUUGAGCGCCAUGUGCUCUCGCACGGCGGCUCCAAGCAGUUCAAGUGCAUUGUCGAGGGCUGUGGACUGCGCUUUGGCUCACAGCUGGCACUGCAGAAGCAUGUGAACAAUCACUUCAAUGCCACGGACAAUGCCAAGGAGAGCACCAGCAAACGCACCUCGGAUCCGCCAGUGCCCAAGCAGCUACGCAAGAAUGGCAAAAAGCUGCGCUAUCGCCGACAGCCCUUCUCAGCACGCAUGUUUGACUUUUUCGACACGGGCAUUAUGGAGGGACUGCAGCAUCGGUUGCGUCAGAUAAGCACGCUCACAAACGGCGUCCAGGCCAUCACCUUCAAUGGACAAUGUAUAAUGCGCCGACGCAACAGUCAAGGCAGCUACGAGUGCUUUGUGCGCUGGUCACCCAGAGAAAUCAUCUCUGACGAAUGGCUGCCCGAGUGUGCGCAUCGCACGCGUCAACACACCAAAGUGAUGCACAUUAAGCACAUGCGUCCGGCGGAGAAAACACGCAUCGAUAGUCUGCUUAGCACUGCCUAUAGACUGCGCUACGACGCGCAACUAUUUGCUGAUGAUUAUAAUGUGAACAAGGAGGAGGAGGAGGAAGAGCAGCAGAGCGGCAGCGAUUACGUCGACAGUGAUUCGGCUGAUGACAUGGACGAGGAUGACGACGAUGAAGAGGAGCUGGACGAUGGCGUCUCUGGCACUAUAAGCUCCAGAAGCAGCAGCACUGUCUCUAGCUAUCAGCAAGUGCUUAGCAUAGCCAAGCUGCAGUUGCAACAGCGACGCAAACAUCUCCGCAAGCCGCCUAGGACAAUGACCACGACGAAGACGACGACGACGACGACGACGAACGAGCAAUUGGUGCCAACGGAUGCCCUAGUGCCCAUUUAGAAAGUAUUGUUGCCCCUUAAGUAAUUAUGUAAAUUUCGUAUUGCACACCCAUGCGCAUACAUGUAAGAAAAAAUGGACAAACGAGUAAACAGUGACAAUUAGUUAUAGAUUUUAUAAAGCCCACCCCACCCCACCCCCCCAGCACCAUAGACACCAACAUACAUUCAUAAGCGCAUAUUUAAAUUAUCAGCUUCAGCUCCCCUGUAAUAUAAUCACGCAUAUUAACUAUAGUUGCAUAUUUAGGUAAACUUAUAUCCAAUGCAUAUAUAAAUAACUGUAUAUAAACACUUCAUUCAUUUCUCACCUUGUUUUUAAGCAAUAGAGUUUUGUUGAUUCCUCCGCCCAUACAUUUUCAUUUUAUAUUUGUUAGCUAUGCAUACUUUUUGUGUAAAUUGUGUACUGCCGACAAGACAAGACUCCAACUCCAAACGGGAUUUCAAAUUUGUUGUAUUUUAAGGCUCACUGUACGUUUCUCAUAUUCCAAAACUUCCAUUUUAAAGCAAUUGCGCACAAAAUUACACACACACACACACCAACAAAGAUAAGACUUGAAGCAUUUAUCGCUAAAAAAAAAAAAACAAUUAAAA